AUGUUACGACGUCCAGAUACAGAUACAGCCGAUGCCAUCAACAGCGCCAGCGAAAGGGCCGUGCCACACUUACCCGAGAUCGCCGUGUCACGAGCGUCGAGUCUGGCAAGUAGCCGGAGGACUAAUGGCACUGCAGCAUCAAAGAAGAUAUACCAAAAGCGACCGGCAUUCCCAAGAGUCAAUACUGACCACGCUUUCCAACCUCACUGGAAGCCAGGCUAUCAUCACAGCGAGACCUGGAAGCGCGCUCACCAGCCCGAUCCUGAGUGGCGCGUCAAGUGGAGCCAGCAUUGUUUUCCAAAAGGGCGUGUCUUGAUCAUAGAUUAUGUCAGUAACGAGUCCAAUGUUCCCGACGGCGGCAGGAGACACAUCACAGUCGCUACACAGGAAAUUCAAACGCUUUCUGAGCUCAAGCGCUUCUAUUCCGAUGGCAAACGUGUCCAUGGUGCCGCUUUGCGAGUGAUCCACGUACAGAAUGCUUCAUGGGCUACGCAAUUCCUGCUCAAAAAGUUCAAUAUCGAUCAUCCUAGCGAGCUUGUUGGCAUGAAGACGUUCAGCAGGUGGGCCAAGUACGAGAAACCAAGACAAAGAAAUGGCAAACCAUUUCCAAGUGGACGUUCGUGGCGAGGACAGACGGAUCCGUGGCGCAAGGUAUCCCGAGCCGCGUUUGGACUGGAUUACAUGAAGAACUUCACAACAGAUACACCACAUCGCCGUAAGCGGCAGACGAUGGCUGGUGAAGGACCCGUAGAUGCAAAGCUCAUGCAUCUCAAUGUUUACGAGGACAAUCAACAUGCUCCGUAUGGGUACGCUACUUGUGUGCAGCGACUGUCUGUGUACGUUCAGCGCAAUCUAGGCCCUCCUUCUAGGGUCUCACCUGAUAUCGACAUCAAGAAUCCUUACGCAAGACAGCUUGCGAAUGGCAACGGCCGAGUUGGAGCAGCCAAGACCGACGAGGUGCUUCUCGAGUAUCUGGACAAUGGUAAUACCGUCAUAGUCUUCGAAAGUUCUGCUUCAAUGUCGUUGGAAGAUUGCAUCGUGCAGCCCAGGAACGAGUUCGAGAACAGAUGGCGUCGUUUAUCAUUCUACCUUAGGAAGGAAGAUGUACUCAACGACUCUCGCCUGGCAGCUCAGUGUACCAACUUCAUCAUGGUGGACCUCUUCCACGGCUUGGGCGUCGUCUGGAACCAGUUCCUCGCCGCAGCAGCUGAUCACGUUUCUCUGCUCGAGGACAAGAUAUACGAGAACCCUGCAGACGAGUCAAGAGCACCCGAGCUAUGGAUGAACCAAGCGUCGUGGCUGAAGGUAGACAAAGUCAUGUGGCUGCACUCCGAUCUGGCGAAGGAGAUGCAGGAGAUCAUGUACGAACUGGCCAACGUGGACGAUGAAGAGAAUGGAGUGGAGGUAGACUGGAUGGCAAGCACACCUGCCGAGUUCGAGCGGUUGCAACAUAAAGUAUCGGAGGAUCUGGUGCAGCCUACCAACAACCUCAGUGAUCUGAUGUACAAGUCGGUGGGAAUCCGAGACUCGCGACAGUCGUUGCAGCUUGGCUUGUCAAUGUGGCGACUUAGCUGGAUCACUUUCAUCUUCCUCCCAUUGACCUUCAUCGUCGGCUUCUUCGGUAUGAACGUCGAUCUCUUUGCAGACGAUCCCGGCAUUGGGUGGUACUUUGUGGCCGCAGCGAUACUGAUGCUUCUAGUCAUCAUCCUGUGGUACGGCGUCAAACACAGCUUGCAGCGUAGUCGACAAACACCUUAUCAGCGAGGGCUUUACGAGGCACUUUUUGACAACCUCGAAGAGGAACAUCCUGACCUUUGGACGAGCGCUGGUGCUGUGGAUGAUGUCGAUCCUUCCCAGCUCAGCUCUUCCGAUCGAUGGCGAUGGAGGCUUUUGAGGCGAUGGUUCUCGCCCGAGAGAACUAUCAACAAGAAGCUGUACAGCAUACUCACACAUGAUGGCAGUCAAUCUGAGCUCGGCGCCUGGGCAUCAGUCAAACGCUACCUACUAGUGCGUUGGCUUGGUCAAAUCGAGCUUCGGCAACCGUCUAUACAGUCAAUCGAGCUUGACCAGACUGAUCUCAGUGCCAGAGUUGAAGCAAGAUACGAAAGCGGGACGAUCUCAGAACUAGCGAAGUUCAGCACGACAGCUGCAGUGGCUGAGGCAGAGCCUACAGCGGCUGAACCGCUAUCCAGCUUUGGCUUGAGGCCAUUGACACAUGAAGAUAUGAGACGGCAGAGCGAAGAUAGGCCAAGUAGUCGUGGAAGCAGUGGUAUCAUCAUCGAGGAAAGAAAUCUGUCGGACUCGGAGAGUGAUGCUGGGGAAGGCGCUUCAAAAAUAUACAGCAGCAUUUGCAGGCGAGCGUCGCAAUGA